ACUUCCAUCUGAAAUUAAAAGGAAAAUACAGGUGCAAGUGGGAAAUACUUUGUUUAUGGAGAAUGUUCUUACAGAGAGGGAUAUACUACUACUUUUAAGGGAGAAUAGUGCGAAUGUUCUCUCUGAACUAUUGCAGUUUCGGGCGGAUCAGCCAUCCAAAUUAAAGAUUCGAGAUAUCUUUAUCAAAGCGCUUGAAGAGCACAUCAAUAAAAGCAAUGCGUUUGAUGGGCUAAUGCAGGUUAGACUUAUUCAGUGGCCACCGCCAGUAGACCGAAAGAUAAAGAAGAUGACUAGGAAAAUUCUUAAAACUAAUAUUAAGAAGUCACCAAACGAGUACUCUAAACUACUAAUAGAAAAGAUAAAAAAGGAAGUGACAGAAAAACUACCUAAAGAAGAAGUUCCUUUUCUUCGCGUUAUUGCUGAUGAAGUCUCCAGUACUGACUAUUUUGAAAACAACUUAGUGAUUAUGCUAGUUGACGAGUUGUUAAAAGGUGCACCAGUUGAGCAAGUAAAAAAUUCUAUACGAAUAGUCCGGAGCAAGUGGAAAUAUGCAUUAAAAAGAAGAGUUGAUGAACUAAUCAAUGAUUUUGUGGAAACUGAAACAUUGCAAGAUGGAAAGAUUUCUCUGAUACGCACCAACAGCUUUAGAUGGCCUAAGUCAAUAAAAAGCCUAAAUAUCCCUGGGAUACCAGAAUUAUCUGAAAUAAAACGAGAAAUAGAAAAAAGUAAAAGAAGAAAAAAAAUUCGAAUCGAUUGGGUAGAUACCCUUUCUGUGGUAGAAAUACAGAUAAAUUCAGGAAGCGCUAUUUUAACUUUACCACAGUACUGGAUUAUUCUAAAACUGUGCGAUACUAGAUCUGUUCUAAUCUCAGAUGUAAAGUCUGCGAUUGUUACUUAUAAAGAGCAAAUAAGCCCACUUCUAAGACAAAGCAUAGUAGAAAUGUCUAAAGACUCUCUAUGCAUAGAACCAGGCACUAAUUUCAACAAUGAAUCUGCAUGGACUGAUCUUCUCCCGGAAUUUAUAGAGAAGGAAAAAGAAGUACGCGAAGAAAAAAAGAAACUUCUUAUAAACCUAUCAAUUGACAGCUACCUAACAAAAGAACUAAAAAGAACAUCUCCCCAAAAAAAGACUGAAAUACUUAAUAGAAUUGUAAAGCUGCAAAUGGUCCUGCCAAAACAGGUUGACCAAAGAAUCUCUAUUCUUACGCAAAGAGAAUUACUAUCCUAUAAUACAGAGGAAGACACGCUUUCUUAUCUUCCAUAA